AACAAACACUGCACGAUAUUGAAAAAAAAAAUGCUGGCAGAAAAAGCACUAGAUCUUCUCCGAGAAUUACAAAGGACAUUGGACGGAUCUUUACCACCAUACAAUGAGGAUGCAAUCAGACAAAUCUUGGAAGAAAUGAAAGCACUUUUUGAACAGAACCAGAAAGAUGUGAGUGCUACAAUUGCUGGAGAAAAUGGUCUGUAUUCUGGUGUACAACUAAGACAUUCUGCUCUGGAGCGUAACAAACGGUGUCUUCUUGCUUACUUAUAUAACAGAUUAGAACAAAUAAGAAGAAUGAGAUGGGAGUUUGGGAGUGUUUUGCCUCCCGAGGUCAAAUUCAACAUGUGUGAACAGGAGAUCCAGUGGUUUAGCAAGUACAACAAGAUGCUGGCUACUUAUAUGAGGUCUAUUGGAGGAGAAGGGGGAUUAGACCUUACCCAAGACCUCAAGCCCCCCAAAACACUGUACAUAGAGGUGAGGUGUUUAAUGGACCAUGGUGAAUUUGAAACACAAGAUGGAAACAUUCUGUUGUUGAAGAAAAAUAGUCAGCACUUCAUGUUACGAUCAGAGUGUGAACAUUUAAUUCGUCAGGGAAUCUUAGAGCACAUUGUUCAUUAGAGAGAGAAA